AUGGUGGAAUAUGCAGCUGCAAUGCAAGACCUAGCCAAAUCACUUGCUGGAGUUCUUGUAAGAAACUUAGGUCAAAGAGAUAAUCUAAUCAAAGGAAUUUGCAAUGAGAGUUCAUGUUUUCUUAGACUCAAUCACUAUCCACCUUGUCAAAUUUCUCCAGAAAUAUUUGGAUUAGUACCACAUACAGAUAGUGAUUUUUUGACCAUUUUACAUCAAGAUCGUGUUGGUGGACUUCAACUAAUGAAAGACUCCAAAUGGGUUGCUGUCAAACCUAACCAAAAUGCACUUAUUGUCAACAUUGGAGAUCUUUUUCAG